UGUACGAUGUUGUCCUCGGUUGUCUGUUACGUUUUUAAUCAAAGCGUCUGUCGUGAUCUGAAGGGGAAGAGUCAUGAGAGUCUUUGUUUCUAAGAGUUUCCAACGGGAUGCCUUUGAAAUGGACCUGUGAUGUGCUGCAUCAUAAACAAGUAGAUGACCUUGAAUCCGCAACCGAUACUUAACAUCAUGGUGAUGGCUGACGAGUGAGGAGACCGCCUGUGUGUUCCUUUUGGUGUAAAACACACACACGCACACACACUUGCUCCAUGGAUUCCAACAAUGAUGACACUCUGGACAUCAUCAUCACCAAUGUGGUGGCAACGUUCAGAACCAGGUGUCACCUCAACCUGCGCACCAUCGCCUUAGAGGGCAUCAAUGUCAUCUACAAGCCCGAGGUGGGGAAAGUCCUAAUGAAACUUCGCAAGCCCAAGAUAACUGCCUCCAUCUGGUCGUCAGGGAAAAUUAUUUGCACAGGAGCAACAAGUGAGGAAGAGGCAAAGCUGGGCGCUCGCAGGCUGGCACGGUGUCUGCAGAAAAUCGGCUUCAAGGUGAAAUUCUCGGCCUUCAAGGUGGUGAAUGUGCUGGCGGUCUGCUCCAUGCCCUUUGCCAUCCACCUGGUUGACUUCACCAAGAAGAACCGGCCCAUUGCCAGCUAUGAGCCAGAGCUCCAUCCUGCAGCCACCUACAGGAUCAAACACAUCAAAGCCACCAUCCAGGUGUUCUCCACAGGCAGCCUCACAGUAACAGGACCAAAUGUGCAGAAUGUGGCAACCGCUGUGGAGCAGGUGUACCCGCUCCUCUUUGAGUGCCAGAAGCCGCUCUGCAAAUGAGGGAAGGUAGACCGUGGAGGACGCUCCAAAAAAUUAGCGACAUGGUGGACUAUUUUUUUUAUUUUUUUUUUAUUGACAAACACAGGCAGGUUUCUCGAAACAUUGUUCUGGACUUACUGGACAUAUACCACUCCAGGAAAUUGAUUUGGUUGGAUGUGUUCUUGCUCCGCUCAUUCUGCCAAUCCCAGGAUGCUUGCUUGCAGCCCAUCCUUUUUUUUGUCUUCCUGACUUCAUGUGAUGUGGACUGGACGAUGCACUACUAGGAAAAGAGGUGGAGUCUCACCAGGCAUGGCAACUGUGUCCCUCAGUCAAGUCUGCCACCAAAGCUCAUUUUCUUUGUCCCCAGAUACUCUAACUAAUUAUUCAUGUUAGCCCUUCAGCUAUUUACUCAGUACUCUACAUCAGAUGAGAACACUAACCUGUUUGACAAGUUCAUUUCUUGUACAUUACUACACUGUAAAUUGUAAAUAUUUCAAUUGUUUUUUACUUCUAGGAUUGGGAAGUAUGUAUAGAACAAGAAUUGUUGCAAGUUGAGGUUUACCUUGUACAAGCUUGUAUGAGAUGUCUCGGUUCAAGUGGUGCUGAAAACAAAAAACAUGAAUACACAUAAUUACUGCUAAAGCAAGUACCUGAACACACUGAACUUUACCCAUACCACAUUGUAAUGCUUUAACUUACAAACCUUGUUCAAGUGUUACAUUUUAAAUGGAAACCAAGCUCCGAUGGUGAGUGACACUUGUCUGUGGGAUGUUUUUCUGACCACUUCGAGACACUUGCUGACUAUUUUGUAUUUUGUAUAAAAAUAAAGACUAAUAAUAAGUCGG